AUGUUAGCCCCAUCGGAACGUACUCUGGCCGGGGUACUGACCCACGAUCGUGUUACCUGCCUGGUGAAUACGAAGCCGGGAUGACUGAGCAACCCAUCGAGAUCAUACCAGUGGAUGCAAGCAUUCGCCUAAGGUCUGAAUCGCGUAUACGGUUUGGUAAGACCUAUCCUAUCGAGAAAAAUGUCAAAGUCAAGGAUAUCGGCCAGGUACAUCCGAGCCAUUUAGGCAAGCUCUUGCAAUAUUGGUCCGGUAUGGGACGAAAAAGCGGAGAAGCGCAAGAUUAUAAGAAAACUCAAGCCGGGUGGAGCGUCCCAAACGAUGAAAGCAAUCAUAAUGAGUCGAACGCGCAAAAGACGAUUACACGGAAGUGGAAAACAAUACAGGCUGGCGAAGAUGCCGGGAACAAGAGAAAAUUUCUAGAUACAGAAGAAUUCCUCGAUGAAGAGGAAUUGUUAGACAACGGAGAUGUGCAAGAUCAGGCCGUCGACGAAAGGCCACGAUCGUCAGCUUCACAGUCACAUACCAACGAGGAUAACAAACCAACAAAGUCCGCAAAUGCCGAAACACAUAGCCUGAACAUUUCGACCGAGUUCGUUCCAGAUGCAACAAAAGAAGAAUCACCAGACAUAACGACAAACUCUAAUGACACGUCUGGGAAGGUCGAUGAUACAGAACUAGACACCGCUGUUUCUCGCUGGCUACACGACAUCAACUACCAAUUGACUGGUGACCUUCAUUCAGACUAUACGGUGAUAAACAAUCCGCGAGCAUUCUUCAAGAAAGGCAAAGUCUUCAUGGUGCCCUGGCCAGAAACGAGCGGUGAUCUCGUCAAGGGCCAGGCAGGACCGCCAGUAAUGGUGAAAAUCCGAAGGUUGGUUGUCGUCAGGCCCAAAGCGACGUUCUGUCUUUGCCUUCCCAUACACACUUACUCGGGACAGGCGACCAGCAAGGCUGGCGUUGCUGCGCAAGAUCAUGCGCCUGUGGUGCCUGAAGGCGGCGAAGUCAUUUACCACGAAAAUGAACCAAAGCUCACAAAGUCACCUAUGUAUAUCAAGGUCGAGAAGUCGUCGACAGGGCCAGUUUCUCCGAUGUCGAGGUUGAACUUUGCAAAGGUCUACACGGUGGAGUACAACGUCAAAGUUCGACCGAUCGGCAGACUGAUACCAGACUCUGUUUGGCGUAUGGAAGAGUACUUCAUGGAAUGUCUAACACCCAAUACGACCUGA